AUGGGAAGAAAAAAUAGAGAUUUAUCAUAUUUAAAACCAUUUUGUUUUUACUGUGAUAAAACAUUUAAAAAUGAAGUUUAUCUACAUUAGCACUAAAAAGCAAAACAUUUUACUUGUUAAAGAUGUUUUAAAAAGUUUUCAUCCUGCGAUUCUCUGAAAAAUCAUGUUGAAUCUGCUCAUCAUGAAAUUUUAACAAAGUAAAAUUUGAUUAAAUUAGAAUACCUAAUGCUACUGGAGAUAGAAGCGAUAUAAAAAAUAAAAUUUUUGGGAUGUAAGGUGUUCCAAGAGUUGAAAUAGAAAAAAGAAUUAGAAAAGGAGCUGAAGAAUAUUGGACUAAGAUUUUAAGUGCUUAGUAUUAAUAAAGAAGAAAAGAAAUUAAAUAAAGAAUUAAGUAAAUAAAAAUAGUGACAAAAUAAGAUAAUUUAUAAGAGAUUAGACAAGAUGUAAUUGUAUUAAUUAUUUAAUCAGAAUGAAUAGGAAGCUAUCAAUUAAUAUGAAUAUAACCCAGAAGCUAAACCAAUUAGCUUUGAUCUUGAUUUUGAUCAAUUACCAAAAUAAUGAG